AUGGCUUACACACAAGUUCCUGUCCAAAUGCAGACGUACGCACAACCAGUCCAAGUUGUAUAUCAGCAACCACAGAUGUACACCCUCCAACAACAACAAAUGGAAGUCCCACAGCAACAACAAGCCGUCAAACAAAACACGUCAUACUUUGGAACUGCACUCUUGUACUUCGUUGGAUACAUCUUCCCACUCAUUUGGAUGGUCCAACUCUUUUACAUCUUCUCAAAAGACGAGAACACCAAGUUGUGGGGGUACAGAGCACUCUCUGCGUUGUUGUUGUAUCUUGUUAUCUCAUUCAUGACGUGUUACAUAGUGUUCCAGCUGGAUGUCGAGUACUGUUACACAUACCUCUAUAGCCGAAAUUAA